UUCCCGCGAAGGGCCGCGUCUGAGCCGCUGGGAGCCGAGGACCACGGAGACGCGGCGGGACCGAGCACCCGCCCACACCGAGGGCCGGGAGCGCACGGACCGCGGCGCCCAAGCGGUUAAUAAGGAACUUAGUGACGUGGGCCGCGAGCCGCCAGCACGGUGUUCUGCAGGCCCAGCUGGGGAUGCCACGGGAAUGGGACCUGAUGACAGUCCCUAUCAAGAGAUCGAACUCGGGGACCCUGCACUUGCAAGGCAGGCUGUGGAACUACUGAGCUAACUCCCCAGCCCAAAAGGAUGACUUCUAACAAAAUGACUGGGUUAGAGGCUUUGAGAUGUUGGCCAUCACCUAAGAGAACAGUCACAUCCUGAGGUUAUGUGGGGAACCUGUCCUCUCCGUUCAAGUGAGCCUGCCCUGGAACGCGCUGCCCUUGGGGCUGACGUGGGAGCCUCAUGGGGGCCCGGACGGACGAGACCUUCCUUUCUGUAACCUAAGUGGAAGGGACUCAUGACCGUGUCAGAUCUCCUGCACCGUGGAGGGCGGGCCCGCCAGCUUUGGCAAGAGCUUCGCGCAGAAGUCCGGCUACUUCCUGUGCCUCAGCGCCCUGGGCAGCCUCCAGGUAGCGCCCGCGCCCCCGACGCCCCGCGCCCCCUGACGCCCCACGCCCCCUGACGCCCCGCGGCCUUCAGAACCCUCAGGACAGCGUGGUGGCCGACGUCCAGGUCGUGGUGGACAAGAGCGCCCUGCCGCCCGGCUUCUCCCCGGUCUGCGACCCCCUGGACUCCACCUGGCGAGAGCGCGGAGCGGGGCUUUCAUUGCGGGCCUUCUCUGCGGCCCCUUCCUGUCCUGAGCUUUGGCUGCAGCUUCCCUCCUGCCUUCGCUUCUCUGAUCCCACAGCCCGGGUGGCUUCCCCGCCUGGCCUGAAGCUUCCGCCGCUUCUUGUCAUUUGCAUUUGGUUCUCCGGGGCUUUUCAUUGAUACCGGAGUUGGCCGACUUUACGUAAUGGGCCAGAUCGUCCGUUUUUCAGACUUCGCAGAGGCCUCUGUGUCCAAGAAGAAGCGCUUGUGUGUGAAGCUGGUGCCCCUGGGUGCUGCGGACAUGGCCGUGUCUGACGUGCGGCUCAGCGGGAAGACCAAGACGGUGCCCGGGUACCUGCGAGUGGGGGACAUGGGCGGCUUUGCCAUCUGGUGCAAGAAGCACAAAGUCCCGAGGCCGGUGCCCACGCCCCGCGGCCUGAGCCGGGACGUGCGUGGGCUCUCCCUGGACAUGGCCAGCCAGCCGAGCAAGGGCAGCGGCCCGGAGUGGACGCUGUCACGCCUGGGCUCCCGGGCGUCCACACUGCGGAGGAGCGAGUCCAUCUAUGAGGCCUCCAGUCUCUACGGCAUCUCGGCCAUGGACGGGGUCCCCUUCACGCUGCACCCCCGGUUCGAGGGCAAGAGCUGCGGCCCCGUGGCCCUCGCUGCCUUCGGGGACCUGACCAUCAAGUCGCUGUCGGACAUCGAGGAGGAGCUACGCCUUCGUGGUGGAGAAGACGGCCGCCGCCCGCCUGCCCCCCAGCGUCUCCUAGCGGCCGUCCACACCUGCCCUGUGCCAGCCGGGAGCAGCCCUGCAGGAGGGGCGGGGACGGGUCUCCCUCCAGGCUGGGCCGACACCAGAGCCUUGGAGUCUCGCUGGGAAGCUCUGCCACCGCUCUGCCUGGCCGGCGGUGUCCCCGUAAUAAAGAACAUGACUGCCCGGGUGUGGCUGGCGUCCGCUGUGGCGUCCGUUGCUCCUGGCCCCGCCUCCGUGGCUCUGGGUCCUCAUCCCACGCGGGCCGGCGAGCGAGCGAGCGAGCGAGGGAGCGAGGGACGGAGGGAGGACUCCCGUCCUGCAGAGGGAGGCCGAGGGGCAGAGUCACGGUGACUGACACAGCUGCAGCGGCUCUCGUCUGCAAUCCCAGCUCCGUGGGAGGCUGAGGCAGGGGGAUGGAGACCUGGGGCCCGGCCAGUAAUUCAGCAGGGCCGUCUCCCCGAGAGACGGGCUGGCCUGGUGGAGCGCACGCGUCAUCCCAGGACUGGGGCGCUGGGGCAGCAGGAUCAACCCUAACCCUAACCCGUUCAAGACCAGCCUGGGCCACAUGGAGACAAAGAACAGCCCCUGUUGGCUCAGGCGACCGUGCAGUCCGCAGUGCCGGGCCGCGCUGUCCAUAGUCUUCCCUCUGGGCCGCCGCUGUGCUCACCACACCAGUCCUGUAAAGGCCGGGCGUGGGAGUGCACACCCGUCAGUCACCCCAGCACUCAGGGAGCCCAGGCCAGA